AUAGUAGAAGAUAGAAUCAUUCGUUUGAAGCGUAUUUCAUUAAUGGAACAAAAAAAUGAAAUGUGUUUGUGUCUUUACUAAAGACUUACCAUUCUCACCUGUAAACUAAUACAGUGUGUAUGUGGUUUUAUGCAAACAAUUUCCAUUUGUUUUGGACUCAAUUUGAUUAUGUGUUUUUAUGAUCUUUCUCAUAUAUUUUUGGUUUUGGAAGUCACUGAAGCCAUGGGAUUCCUGGAGGUGACAAGAAAAGAACAGCAUCUCUUGACAGUGUGGUUUAUAGACCAGAAAGCAAUGAGAGUCACUGAAGCCAUGGGAUUCCUGGAGGUGACAAGGAAAGAACAGCAUCUCUUGACAGUGUGGUUUAUAGACCAGAAAGCAAUGAGAGUUAAUGAAGCCAUGGGAUUCCUGGAGGUGACAAGAAAAGAACAGCAUCUCUUGACAGUGUGGUUUAUAGACCAGAAAGCAGAGUCACUGAAGCCAUGGGAUUCUGGAGGUGACAAGAAAAGAACAGCAUCUCUUGACAGUGUGGUUUAUAGACCAGAAAGCAAUGAGAGUCACUGAAGCCAUGGGAUUCCUGGAGGUGACAAGAAAAGAACAGCAUCUCUUGACAGUGUGGUUUAUAGACCAGAAAGCAAUGAGAGUCACUGAAGCCAUGGGAUUCCUGGAGGUGACAAGAAAAGAACAGCAUCUCUUGACAGUGUGGUUUAUAGACCAGAAAGCAAUGAGAGUCACUGAAGCCAUGGGAUUCCUGGAGGUGACAAGAAAAGAACAGCAUCUCUUGACAGUGUGGUUUAUAGACCAGAAAGCAAUGAGAGUCACUGAAGCCAUGGGAUUCCUGGAGGUGACAAGAAAAGAACAGCAUCUCUUGACAGUGUGGUUUAUAGACCAGAAAGCAAUGAGAGUCACUGAAGCCAUGGGAUUCCUGGAGGUGACAAGAAAAGAACAGCAUCUCUUGACAGUGUGGUUUAUAGACCAGAAAGUAAUGAGAGUCACUGAAGCCAUGGGAUUCCUGGAGGUGACAAGAAAAGAACAGCAUCUCUUGACAGUGUGGUUUAUAGACCAGAAAGCAAUGAGAGUCACUGAAGCCAUGGGAUUCCUGGAGGUGACAAGAAAAGAACAGCAUCUCUUGACAGUGUGGUUUAUAGACCAGAAAGCAAUGAGAGUCACUGAAGCCAUGGGAUUCCUGGAGGUGACAAGAAAAGAACAGCAUCUCUUGACAGUGUGGUUUAUAGACCAGAAAGCAAUGAGAGUCACUGAAGCCAUGGGAUUCCUGGAGGUGACAAGAAAAGAACAGCAUCUCUUGACAGUGUGGUUUAUAGACCAGAAAGCAAUGAGAGUCACUGAAGCCAUGGGAUUCCUGGAGGUGACAAGAAAAGAACAGCAUCUCUUGACAGUGUGGUUUAUAGACCAGAAAGCAAUGAGAGUCACUGAAGCCAUGGGGAUUCCUGGAGGUGACAAGAAAGAACAGCAUCUCUUGACAGUGUGGUUUAUAGACCAGAAAGCAAUGAGAGUCACUGAAGCCAUGGGAUUCCAGGAGGUGACAAGAAAAGAACAGCAUCUCUUGACAGUGUGGUUUAUAGACCAGAAAUCAAUGAGAGUCACUGAAGCCAUGGGAUUCCUGGAGGUGACAAGAAAAGAACAGCAUCUCUUGACAGUGUGGUUUAUAGACCAGAAAGCAAUGAGAGUCACUGAUGCCAUGGGAUUCCUGGAGGUGACAAGAAAAGAACAGCAUCUCUUGACAGUGUGGUUUAUAGACCAGAAAGCAAUGAGAGUCACUGAAGCCAUGGGAUUCCUGGAGGUGACAAGAAAAGAACAGCAUCUCUUGACAGUGUGGUUUAUAGACCAGAAAGCAAUGAGAGUCACUGAAGCCAUGGAUUCCUGGAGGUGACAAGAAAAGAACAGCAUCUCUUGACAGUGUGGUUUAUAGACCAGAAAGCAAUGAGAGGUAGGAUGUUUUUCUUUUUAUUAGCUUUUCUUUUUUUUGCAGUUAUGAUUGUGUGCUUAUGACUCUGUACAUAUUUUGGGGGCCAUCUUUCAGAAUGUUUCUUUAAUUGAUAUUCCACAAGGACAGUGAAGACCCAGAUAUGUGACAGUAGAG